UGCCAAUCGCCAAUAAGCACUGAAAAAGAAGAGGAGGAGGAAGAAGAAGAAGAAGAAGCAGGAGGAGGAGGAGAAGGCUGCUACUUUUCGUCAUGUGAAUUCAAGGAGGUUUUUAAGAUGCUGAGCACCUGCUGACAGCCGACAGUUCACUCGCAUUCAACCAAAAGAUGAAGGAAUGCCGCCUUUAGUUGGAGCUGAGAUGAUCCAGACACCCGUGCAGCUCUAUCGAUAUCUCCUCAGAUGUUGCAGGCAGUUACCAACCACAGCAAUGCAGCAGCAUUAUCGCCAUGCCAUAAGACAGGUGAGGUCAACAUGCGCACCGACUAUUGACUAGGGAUGUCACGAUACC